AUGGCAGCCUGGUGCGUCCUUCGGAGGCCACGCUACAAGUGCAAGGCACAGACAGUGUACAACGCCGAGCUCGCUAGGACGACCACGCCAGUCCUCGGACAAGGGCGCUGUCACGCCGGCUACGACGAAGACCCGCUUCGGGCAGCCGUCCAGGAUAGUGACCUGGUUUGCGAAUCUUCUAUGGAAGGCGCCCGUCUUCCGUGGGACAGGCUGGUGUAA